GUAGCAAUGAGCAUGGCAAAAAGGUACACAUGAAUUCCACUUUCGGCGACGAGAUUGGUACCUCAAUCUGCUCUUCGAUUUGAAGAUGUUUUUAUAUAAUUACUGUUGAAUUUGAACAUGACGUCAUGAAAUAAUUCCCAGCACCGAAUCUCAGUUCAAGGAAGCAGCUUAGGUAACUUUCAAUCUGAACAAAUUUUUUGAAGAUUAUUUAGAUUCUAAAGUUCAUUACGAACGGUUCCAUUUUAGGGCAUUAGAAGGCCAUUUGUCGGGGAAACCUUGAGGAAAUUUGCUUGUGCCCAAGGUUAGUGAUGCUGCUGGCUGUUUUUGAUUGAUCGAUUGAUAUCGAUGGAUUCUACUGUUAUUUGGUAAUUUGCGGCUGAGUUUUACAAAUUUGAAUGAUGAAUUUUGCAGUAAUCGUUCUUGCUCCAGCAGCGGCAGUGCAUUUCCUUUCACGUACGUAACCCUAAUUUUCAACGUAAUCCACAUUUUUCGUUUUCAGUACUUCGUUUUUCAAUCGGUGGAAUGUAGAGAAAGAAUCGGCGUGGUUUUGUGAUUCAGCAGGUUAAUCAGCCACCGCAAUUGCCUUUGCUUUCUCCGACGAGCUCUAAACAUUUAAGAGCGACGAUUCUCCCCAAUUUGUCUUUACUGACAAUCCGCUCCCUGAUCGAGGCCGUUCCCUCUGCUUUUCUCGACGAGCUCUGACCAUUUAGGAGCAGCGUUUCUCUCCAAUUUGUCUCCACAACCAACUCGUUCGCAGGUUGAAGCCAUACACUCUGUAAUCGGAUCGGCCCAAUCGCGUCGUGAGGAUGGCACCACCGCGUCGUCUUCCAAUCUUAUUCCCGAAGAAAAUACAAUCACUGAAAAUUUCAUCAACAUUUCACAGCGGAUUGCCUUCUUUCCCACCAAUCCCUAGAAAUCUUGUCGAUUGUUCCCGGAGAUAACGGCGAACCCUCGGAGUUGCCGGGUAAAAAUGGAUUCUAAUUCAAAAUAUUUGUUAAAGGUACAAAAUCAAAAGAAAGAAAAAAAACGCCUUACUCCUUACCCAUUACAAAAUCGAACAAUUCUUGCCGAUCAUUCAGUACAACAGAAACACACCCAUUAAGCAAACAAGAAAGAAUCGUUGAGCAAAAUUUCACCAGAAAUGGCUUAUCACAAGAGAUAACCAUUGUCUCAUUAGGCUAAAACUUGGGCUGGGCCAACCAAUGUGGGGGCGUGACCAUCCAAAAACCCGCUCUCUUUUUUAACUUUACCUUGUCAUUGGAAUACACUUAACAUUUGUCAUUGCUGAAACAGGCUAAAGAUCUAGCUACAAAGUAGUGUCCCAUUCUUAUUUGACUUCCUGUCAUAAAACGCGUUGAAUAGCCCCCCAAAGUACAUAAUUUGUCUUAAUAAAUAUAAAUAUAUAAUCAAUUUUCUCUAACUACAAUGAUGUCAAUUUAUACUUCACUUUUUCAAAUUUUUGCUGUUUUAGGCAUGCAUGGUCAAUAAUCAAAAUACAUACUCAUCUUCUCCACAUUUUCCCUUUUCCGUCUCAGUAUUAUACCCCUCAAUUGUCCAUCUUUGGAUGUGAUUGUGAAUUUAUGGCAAACUCCUGCAUAAAGUUCAAGCUUUACUAAUUGUAGAUAUGGUGGAAAUGAAAUAUUAGGGGAAAAAAAGGACAACGUUGUACAACUAAUAACGAUGAUGUAUCGUUUUUAAAGAAGUUCAAGCAAUUGAUGAGGAUGAGGAACUAUACACUAAUAAAAAAAACUUUAUAAAUAUUAACAUUUUAUUACUUUCUUUUCACUCAUAAUUUCAACCCCACUUUUCUUUUCCCCAACUCCUAAAUUCAACUUACUUUUCUGACUGGAUUUAGGGUAUUUUGACUAAGCUUUGGGUGUUUUUUUUGUAAUUGAGUGGGUAAAAAUGUAAUUUAGUUAAAGAAAUAAAGUAUUAGGCAAUUGAAUUUGAAACAAAAAAAAAGGAAAGAAAAGAAAAGAAAAAGAAAAAGAAAAAGAAAAGAGAAAUUUAAUCCAGAUGGAUUAAAUAAAUGAUUGGAAAAUAGUAUUAAGUAAAAUUAUAAUUAAAAUAAAAAAGGGGAAUGGAGGUGGUGCGGGAGGGAAUCCGUAAAAUAUAUGAUUGGGGAAAAUAAGAAACGCUGGCGUUUCACUUUAAAACCCGGGAAGUACCAAAAUGGGGAAAGUCUUCGAAAAAUUUCAAAAUUGAGCCUAAAAUCUGAAAGGAUUGGUUUCCCGAAUGGAAGAGCGCGCAACCUUAAUGUUUCUGCAGAUUUACAUAAUUUCGUUUGGUUGUUUUGUAAAACAAAACUGGCGCUUCUCAUUUUCCCCAAAUUCUAUUCCCAAUUUCAUUGUUAGUACAUAUUCAACCCGCGCCAACUCCAAAACCUCUCACUUAACCGAACAUUCCCCUUCUCCUUCUCAGUUCCCUUUUCCAGCCCUUUUCAGAUCCCAUCUUCCUUCAAACUAUGGCGGAUAAGGAGAAUAUAUUUCGAUUCACCAGAGGUUCUAAGAAGAGAGCCGCCGACGCUGCUGCUGCUACCCUCGACGACCGCUCUACUAACAAGAGGAGAGUCGUUCUUGGUGAGCUUCCUAUUUUACAGAAUGCUUCUUCUUCCGUCGAUCGUAAGUCCAGGUCUAGAGCCACCAGGCAUAGACGGAGAGUAAAAUCGAAGGACACUGCUGGCACAAGUGCUGCUGCUGAAAUCAAUACACUCCCCGAAGCCGAAGGUGAUGUCAAGUUAUCUGAUGAGGGCAAUUCUGAAGACCCGCAAAUGUGCAGGGUUUACGCUACUGAUAUUUAUGAAUAUCUUCGUGCAAUGGAGACUGAUCCAAGAAGAAGACCCUUACCAGAUUACAUCGGGAGGGUACAAAAUGAUAUUAGUGCCAAUAUGAGGGGGAUUCUGGUGGAUUGGUUGGUUGAAGUUGCAGAAGAAUACAAACUAGUUUCAGAUACUCUUUACCUCUCUAUUUCAUAUGUUGACAGAUACUUAUCCCUAAAUGCAAUCAGCAGGCAAAAACUCCAGUUGGUGGGCGUUUCUGCUAUGCUCAUUGCUUCAAAGUAUGAAGAAAUCAGUCCUCCGCAUGUUGAAGAAUUUGUUUAUAUCACAGACAAUACCUACAAUAGAGAAGAGGUGGUUGAGAUGGAGGCUGAAAUAUUGAAGUCAUUGGAAUUUGAACUUGGAAAUCCCACGAUAAAGACCUUUUUAAGGAGAUUCACAUUGGUUGCUCAAGAGACUUAUGAGUUUAAUACCUUGCAAUUUGAAUUCUUGGGCUACUAUCUUGCUGAGUUAAGCCUACUAGACUACAACUGUGUUAAAUUCUUACCGUCUCUCGUUGCUGCAUCUGUUACAUUUCUAGCACGAUUUAUGAUUCAAUCCAAGAAGCAUCCAUGGACCUCCAGAUUGGAGCAUUUUACUGGAUAUAAGCCAGCUGAUAUGAAGGAUUGCAUUCUACUUGUACAUGAUUUAUACCUUAGCAGAAGAGGAGGCGCUUUGUCAGCUAUAAGGGAGAAAUACAAACAGCACAAGUUCAAAUUUGUGUCUGUAAUGCCUUCACCUCCAGAGAUUCCAAUUCCGUAUUUUGAAGAUGUUAGAAUAUGAAUGUACAAGAUGACAAUAGUAGUUAGGAAUUUACGAUAUGGGAGUGAAUAGAAAUUUAUAUUAGAUAGGAAUCUGAAUUCCAGAGGCAUGGUUCGGUUUCGAUCUACACAAGCUCUAUAAGGCAUUAGCUGAUGGGCGAAGUGUCCACUUGGAAUGGAACAUUUUUGUGCACUGGAAGGCAAGCCAAAGCUUGAAGGCCAAGCUGGCAUAUUUUCUUUCCCACAACAUUUAUUGCAUUUUCUUCCCUUGUAAAGAUUUCUUUUGGAAAACAGAUAACCAAUGUGGCUCACUUCGUAGAUUUUAGGGUGUGUUUAGUUCUGUACAAAAUUCAGCAAUGCACAUCAUGCAUUGGGCCGGAAGCCCAUUUGAAAGCAUAAAGUUCUCAUAUAUAUAUAUAUAUAUAUUUUCUUUUUUGAA